CACGACAAUGCUGAGAACUUGAGAGCAGAACGCGUGAAGCACGUCGUGGACUGAAUACUGAUCGACCGAUAGACCAAAAACCAAAAGAUGCGUUUUUUACCGGGCCUAAUCCUGAUAGCCCUAUCGUGGUCAGCCCCAAGAGCCAUGGGACAGGGUACCAAAUACGGCCUAUGGACACCAGAUCGAGCCUAUUCGGACUCUCAACCCAUCCAGUGGACUGGUGGUCAAUUCGAAUUCCCUUGUGCCAGUACAAAGUCGCUAUUUAAAAGCUCCGGCAAAUAUAUAUCAAAGAAUGUGAUUGCCACUCGUGCUCAAUUGAUUGGAGACACCAUCUAUUUGGCAUUGCCACGUUAUCGUAAAGGUGUUCCGGCCACUCUAGUGAAAACACAAAUACAAUCUGGCACGUGUAGCACAACCUUUAAGCCCUAUCCCUGCUGGGAUCUGCAGGAGGAGGGCAAUUGCAAGGCAUUGCAGUCGGUGGUCGAUUUGGUGGUGGAUCAAAAUGAAGUGCUUUGGGUCUUAGAUACUGGCAUUGUCAAUACACUCGAGACGCCGGUCCGCAAGUGUCCACCCAAAGUGGUGGCCAUGUCGGUUAAGACAGGCAAAGUGUUGAAAUCGGUCUCCCUGGAGGGCCUUACAUCGAGCAGUUCACGUCUGCAGUACUUGGUUGUCGACUAUGCCCCCGAUGGCGGUUGUUUCAUCUAUGUCAGUGAUGCGGCAAAUCGUGCCAUAAUUGUCUAUAAUCUUCAAGCAGAUCGUGGCUUCCGUGUCGUUUUGCCCAAGGCCGUUUCGGCCGGUUGCCGUUCACGGGAUGUUCUCUAUAUCGCAUUAAUCCGACGUGAUUGCGGCUCAACGGAACUCUAUUUCACAUAUCUAAGUACCAGUAAGCUAUUCUCAUUGAAAUCAGAGUAUUUACGCAGUGGUGUGGCCGAUGGCAGAAUAUUGGAUCUCGGCAAGAAACCCAGUCGUAUGGUCAUCAUUGGCACAGACAAUGGUUCGGCCAUAUUUUUCCGUAAUGAAGGCGAUGCUGAGGUUUAUCGUUGGGACACGAAUUCAACAUUCUCGGAAACGAAUUUUAAGCCCGUCUAUAGAAGUCAAACAUGCCAGUUGGUUACCCAUGCUGUGCCCGAUUACAAACGAAAUACAAUGCGAGUGUUGCAGAGCAAUUUUCCGGAUUAUAUGCAGAAUCGCAUUGGCUGUGGAGCCAUACAGCAGUUGGGUCUUAUGCAAGGCUGUUGGUAGUCCCUAAACACACAUACCCACAACACACACACAGACACACACACGCGUACAGACACAUUUACACAUAAAUACCAGUACAUAAAUACACACAUUCACUCACACACAUAUACAAUGAACUGCUUUGGCUUUGUGUGAAAAGCUUUUGAAAUUGCAGCAGUUUUCCCUUAGUCUCAGUCUGCUGAAAAGUCUAUUUUCUAUUUUCUAUACUUUUUUCACUACUCUUUUACUAUUUGUUAUUGUACAUAAACUAGCGGCUUUAGUUAGUGUUUUAUUUCGAUUACUUUUUUUUCAUUCUUUCCCUUUCUUCUUUAUUUUUUACUUGUUAUUCGACUGUUUUUAUCUCUAAGUGAAGCAAUAAACCUUGAAUUGCUGUGUUUGCAGAAGAAGAGCAAAAUAAACAAAAAUUUUUGCAAAUAAAA